AUGAAGCUGUUUCUGGUAGUCCUCGGAGUCACUGCGGCUUUAGCUGCACCUCAGCCCCAGUUCCAAGAGAUCGUUACCGACUACCAUGAGCAGAUCGGUAUUCCCGAGGCCGCACGCAUCAAGGCCGCUGAGGCUGCCUCUGACUUCGAUGGCUCCAGAAUAGCUGGAGGAUCCCUGGCCAACCUUGGACAGUUUCCAUACUUUGGCGGCCUACUUGUCACUUUGACCACUGGUGGACAGUCCGUUUGUGGAUCUUCUCUCGUUACUAGAAAUCGCGCUGUGACAGCUGCUCACUGCUGGCGUACGAGUGGCCACCAAGGACGUCAAAUUCUCGUAGUUCUUGGCUCUUUGCAGCUGUUCUCCGGUGGUAACCGUAUUAGUUCUAGCAACGUUCUUAUGCACGAAAACUACAACAUGCAAACUCUCCAUAACGACGUGGCUGUCAUUGUCCUCCCCAACGUCAACACCAAUAAUGUGAUCAGUCCUAUUAGCCUCGCGAGCGGGAAUAACGCGUUUGUAGGAGUACAGGCACAGGCCUGUGGCUUCGGAAGGACUGGCGACUCUUGGACGGGAGGAAUUAGUACCAGCCAGCGAUUGAGUCAUGUCAAUCUUCCUAUCAUCUCCAAUGCGGACUGCGCUGCAGUUUACGGUUCCGGUCCAGUCAUUGCCUCCACUAUAUGUGUCUCUGGAAGCAAUGGCCGCAGCACUUGUGGAGGCGACUCUGGUGGUCCUCUUGUCGUCAAUAACCAACUGAUUGGUAUUACAUCUUUCGGUGCUGCCGCCGGUUGUCAACGAGGAUUCCCUGCUGGUUUCGCUAGGGUUACCUCUUUCAACUCUUGGAUUAGCGCUCGUUUGUAA